ACUGGUGGCAAUUAUAACUUACAUGCAUGUGUAUAUAGCGCAUAGCAGAAGCUGGCAUAUUGUUUCUUCCAACUUAACUUAACUUGAGCCAACGGAUUGUCGCUCGGUCGUUGUUUUCUCAAAUAUAUAAUAAAUUCACAUUCAUAAAUCCUACGGGAAAAAGUCACAGCAAAUACGUAUUAUGGAAAAAAGGGAAAAGUGCUUGAAACAAUGCUAUAAACGGACUAAAGUGUCAAACUCAAAAAUAAUUAACGACAACUCGAUUGUGCGAAUGCCGCGUGUGAGAGAUGGAAAAUCAAUUGCACGUCCAAAAUUAUGUGUUACCUUGGGAGGUCCAAAGACAACAACAAACAGCAUUUGUUUUGUCUUUCUAAUUGCAAUUCUAACAUUCACGAAUUGUAUACAUUUGGGCCUCGGCUCUUAUGCAAAUGAUAUUGAUAGCGAUGGCGAUGCCCCACUUACCACGAUAAAAUCAUCGAAUUUACUAAUAAAUAAUAAUCUGCUGGCAGAGGGCAACGUAAAUAACUCCAAAACCAAUAUUGCUCCCAGAUUGAGGCAAUUGCGGUUGCCAGAAAUACAAAGAAGAAUUCGGUUAGCACGCAAAGCGAAAAGCAAUAUUCGCAUUCUUGGAAUGCGUUUUGAAAGUGAGGACCAGGAGUAUGAACUUGGUGUACCAAGUUUGUUGAGCAAUAAAGAGCACACGAUUCGCAUAUUUGGUAUUGGCUUGCAGGAGAGGACAGUUAUUGCGUUUACAAAUGAGGAAAAUGAAUAUCAGGGAGCCUGUCUCAAGCCGGCCACAGAAAUCUUUGAGCCAAAACAAGUCUGGCCCGAUGGUACUAUGGCCUUAUAUACGGUGAAAUUCCCGUACUCCAAGAGUGUACUGUAUGUUUGUGCGAAAAUCGACGAGGGAAUUGCUCACAGCAGCGCAGCAGCAACGACACCCCUAGAACAUCAGGGCAGCGCCGUAUGGAUGAGGAUCGGAACGCACGAACCACUUUUGCCUCUUUGGGUGGCUAUAAUCAUCAUUGUGAUAUGCCUGUGUUUUUCGGCCCUAUUUUCGGGCUUAAACUUGGGCCUAAUGUCCUUGGAUCGUACCGAAUUGAAAAUAUUACAAAAUACUGGCACGCCAAAUGAAAAAAAGUAUGCUGCGAAAAUAGCACCUGUGAGAGACCAAGGUAAUUAUCUGUUGUGCAGUAUCCUCUUGGGUAAUGUGUUGGUUAACUCCACCUUUACCAUUCUACUGGAUGGUUUGACCUCUGGACUUUUUGCUGUCUUAAUUUCCACCCUGGCCAUCGUCCUCUUUGGUGAAAUUACACCUCAGGCUGUGUGUUCAAGACAUGGUUUAGCAAUUGGAGCCAAAACCAUUAUGAUAACCAAAGCGGUUAUGGCGAUAACAGCACCGCUGUCGUAUCCAAUUUCUCGUAUCCUAGAUUCACUCUUGGGUGAAGAGAUUGGCAAUGUGUUCAAUCGUGAACGCCUCAAGGAACUUGUUCGUGUCACCAAUGAUGUCAAUGAUCUGGAUAAAAAUGAAGUGAAUAUUAUAUCCGGCGCAUUGGAGCUGCGUAGAAAAACUGUUGCCGAUAUUAUGACACAUAUUAAUGAUGCUUAUAUGCUUUCGCUGGAAGCCCGGCUUGACUUUGAAACUGUGUCUGAGAUCAUGAACUCGGGUUAUUCUCGAAUUCCCGUUUACGACGGCGAUAGAAAGAACAUAGUUACUUUGCUGUAUAUCAAGGAUUUGGCAUUUGUUGACACUGAUGAUAACACGCCGUUGAAGACACUCUGUGAAUUUUACCAGAAUCCCGUUCAUUUCGUUUUCGAGGACUUCACUCUAGAUAUUAUGUUCAAUCAGUUCAAGGAUGGUACGAUCGGACACAUUGCAUUCGUUCAUCGCGUCAACAAUGAAGGUGAUGGGGAUCCCUUCUAUGAAACCGUUGGUCUUGUCACAUUGGAAGAUGUUAUUGAGGAGCUUAUUCAAGCUGAAAUCGUUGAUGAGACGGAUGUUUUCAUUGAUAAUCGCACAAAAAUUCGUCGCAAGCGUAAUAAGAAAGCCGACUUUUCGGCAUUUGCUGAACGUCGUGAGGCUCAAACUGUGCGGAUUUCUCCUCAAUUAACUUUAGCAACAUUCCAGUACUUAAGUACAGCUGUUGAUGCCUUUAGGAAGGAUGUUAUUUCAGAACCGAUCUUACGGCGAUUACUUAAUCAGGAUGUUUUCCACAAUAUUAAAUCAAAGGGGAAAAAUAAGGAUGACCCCUCAUUGUACAUAUUCACGCAGGGGAAGGCUAUCGACUAUUUUGUACUUAUAUUAGAGGGUCGUGUCGAAGUGACGAUUGGCAAGGAGGGUCUUCUCUUUGAUAGUGGGCCGUUUACUUAUUUUGGAACACAGGCAUUGGUGCAGAAUGUCGUUGUUGAUUCUCCAACUCAGAUGGGAUCGCUACAGUCUUUAAAUAUGGAUUCGAAAAUUCGUCAAACUUUCGUUCCUGAUUACUCUGUUCGUGCAUCUACGGAUGUGAUAUAUAUUGCCAUUAAACGUAGUCUGUACCUUACUGCAAAGAAAGCGACUCUUUUGGAAAAGAGUCGCAAAUCGGGAACGUUUUCAAGUGAAACAUUCGAUGAUGAAGUUGAGCGACUGCUGCAUUCGAUAACGGAAGAUGAUAAGUCUCGGUAUCUGACAACCAGCCAGAGCGCAAGACGUUCAUCCAAGCCGAACAGGAGUGGAGCAUCGUCGCCCUUAAACAAUGAUCUAUCGCAUGAUGAUAGAAGCAACAGUGCUAGUGGGCAACUCAACACGGGUCAUCGAAUUGGUCCUGAACGUACGGAAGAUGGAUCAUUGAGUAGCUUGGUUACUUCGGAUGUGACAGGUGAUCUUCAAAAUGGAGAAAACGAUGAAAGGAAUGGAACAGCGGCAUCCACGCCGCUUUUGCCAAAACCGGAAGAAAAUAACGAGCCCCGGCAAAGUAAACCUCAAUAACGACAGUCUUCGGAGAACUCUUUACAUUAAGACCUAGCUGCCGCAAAUUAAAUUUUUCAUAAGAAUCACUCGCCGUUCUUUAAAUGCAAAAUCAGAAUGCUUUCUUUUUUCCUUAAAUAUUGUUAUUUAUAUUAUUGCUUGUUUUUCGACAUCAAUUUGCAAAUUGACUAGAAUUGUGUUUUUCCUUAUUUUGUAAAAGUGAAUUAGAGAUUUAUGUUUAGAUACAAACAAAAAAGUAAAAACGCUAAAUUUUCAAUGAUAGUUUCUAUAUCAAAAUAACAGUCCUGAGAUUUCUGAAAACCUGAAAUUAUUACACACAUAUUACACAUGUAUUACCUCAUGAAGUACGUACUUAAGAAGAGAAAUUAAUCACUAUUGCUUUUCAAAUCCACACCCUAUUUCUACUUCCUAUUAAAUGACAUGAAUUAAUGUGUGUAUGACCGCAGCGUUAAUUAAUUAAGAAUUUGUUGUUAAAUUUGUUUAUUGUUCUGCUUACAUGCAUAAAUUGAAUAGUUUAGUUCCCCCUUUCAAAGUCAAGUCAAAAGAAGAUGUUAUAUUAGUAAGGAUUCUCCUAUAUAUACUUUAUCAAUGUGCACAAGUUUUGUUUUAACUGUAUUGUUGUUUAAUAGGAUUGCGUUAUUAAAAUGCAUUCUACAAUCAAAUUAUCCCACACACUUCAUGUAGCAUAACUGUAUUAAUUGAGAAGUUCAAAACUUCUCAUUCGUUAUUUAUUUAACUAAAGGUGUUAAUUAGCAGUUUAUAAUGUAUAAUACAAAUGAGAAGCGUAUAUUUAUAUAUAUGCAUACAUUACCUAUGUUAACUUAGAAUAAAUGCAUACCUACAUUCAUACAUAAAUAUAUAACUAAAAAUACAACUACAACUACAAACAGAAAAUACAAUAUGUACAUACAUGAAGAAACAGAGUUAAUUGGUUUUUAUAUGUCCAUCGCAUUUGUGAGUGGCGCUAAGUUAAGUGGCUGUUCCGACCAGGCGUUGGCAUUAGGUAAAUUAUUUUUUUGGAAAGAUUCUUGCAAAGAACCUACAUACAUCUACUGAAAUAUGUGCUUGCAAUAAAUUAUAAAUUUUAAAGAUUCAUAUAUAUACAUAUAUUUACUAUUAAAAGAUAAAUGAAAAUCAAUUUCAAUAGAGAUACUUUGUUACUUCCUUAUAUGUAUUUACAAUAUAUAUUCGUAUAUAAAAUGUACAAGAUU